UUAUACUGUAGGUACCAAUGGUACGAUAUGUGCACGGACCAAUCGUCGGGCCGAACCUUGCCCAAAUUCGUUCUUCCGUCGCACAUCACCGCCAUCAAACGAUCAAUCCCAAAUUCCACCUGCCAACUUCUCCAGUAAAACUAUAAAAAUCGCAACAAUGUUCCGCCGUUUCUUCACCUCUCAAGAGCUCAAGAACACCGGCUCUCUCGCGCGUGACCUGCUCGCGAGCGAGCGCACCUUUUUGGCCUGGACUCGCACCGGUCUUGGCUUUAUAGCCUUGGGAGUUGCCUUAGAGAAAGUCGAAGCUUUUGCGGCCAUCUCCCCGACUCUACUGCAUCUAGAGGAUAGCAGAACCAAGUUGGCGGCAGGGGUUCUGGUUGGAAGCGGCAGCUUGUGCGUCGCUCACGGCACGGCCAGGUACUUUGGCGUGAUGAAACAGUUGGAAAGAGGCGUGUUUAGACCAAACGUGGCCGGCAUCACCAUGAUGGCUACGAUGAGCAUCGGGAUCGCAGUUGCAGGGACGUUGCUAGUAUUGGAGAAUGAAGAUACCAAGAAGAGAAGAAAGAAUAUCGACCUGCAGAGUGGAUGAACGGUGCCCACGACUAGUACCAGACGGUCCAUCAUGAUCAUCCAAUCAAGGAAGGGCGAUACCUAGCCAUCUUAGACGCAACCGCUCGGUUUCGGUGUAGCCGGUGUUGAUUGGCAACAUGCAUAGGGUGUGAAGAAGUGUGCCACUUGCAUCCUGUGGACAUUGAACGUAGAUUAAACAGUCAGUGGUGAGUACACCAAACCAAUUCAAGUCUGCAAAAUGAGCAGAGUAUAGCACUAAAAGUUCCAAUCCUUCAUUAUAAUCGUUAGCCUAAGCCAGAAUCUUCGAAGCCACAGCUGGAACUCAUCAGGCCGAAAGCCCGAUCGGAAACAAACUACUACAUACCAAUCAUCCAAGUAACAUUAUCACUGGAUGAUUUUGAAGCUCGGGGGAUGCUUGCAUAGCUCCAUUAUCUGCGGCUGGAUCAAAACGGCUUGUUGGAUCUAGCAGCAUGGCUCUGUGGGAGCACUGGUAUCAAGGUCUGGCUG